UACAAACACCUAUAAUUAGUCCUCGACGGGGGCUCGGGAAAUUAAUAUGCAUAAUUCGAAACAAACGUUGUUGUUUUCGUUUGUAACCUAGUGUAUUUAUUAGAUGUCAUAAAUGUAUUUAAAUGCUCUUUUGGAAUAGGCUUAUAGACUAUAGGCAUUGAUCAUAUGUGCGGUUGUCAAUGUCAACAGGCAGAAAUGCGUCAUUGUGAAGCAUUUGCAGAUUCAAUUAUUCUAUUAGCUGCUAGGUGGACUUUGCUUUCUUGCCUGUAGACUAUGGCUGAGUUGAAAAUGAAAACAUAUGGUGAUGUGACAGCUAGGCAGUCCAUCCGGACGUAGCCCUCUUUUGUGGAAUAAAACGGCAUCACUAGGUAUCGAGUUAACGGGAUUGUGUGUCUGGACGCUAGGUGUGAGAAAGCUAGUAAAUGAAUGGAGACAGUUCAAAGUCUCAACACCUGUCAUGCUGCAUAAAUAGCAAAACAAUGUAAUGCAUUUGUGGAGAAUAAUUUCCCAAAGCUGCGCACCAGUUGGACUUUGGCCAGCACAGCAGCCCUAGGUGCGGUCAGAAACAAGCGCUGGAAUGAAAUUGCUUUUCCUGGAUGUGGCAGGCCUAUAGGCCACUGUAAUCCAUCUUAACUACCGCUUAGCCUAUUUCUACCUUCAAGAUGUUCUUUACAUGUGGUCCCAACGAGGCUAUGGUGGUGUCAGGGUUCUGUCGCUCUCCGCCUCUUAUGAUUUCUGGUGGGCGAGUGUUUGUGUUCCCCUGUGUACAGCAGAUUCAGAGAAUCUCCCUGAACACUCUGACUUUGAACGUGAAAAGUGACAAAGUGUACACACGCCAUGGAGUGCCAAUCUCUGUUACAGGCAUCGCACAGGUAAAGAUCCAGGGCCAGAAUAAGCAGAUGCUGGCUGCAGCCUGUCAGAUGUUCCUGGGGAAGUCUGACGGGGAUAUCGCCCACAUCGCCCUGGAGACACUGGAGGGCCACCAGCGUGCCAUUAUCGCUCACCUGACCGUGGAGGAAAUCUACAAGGACCGUAAGAAGUUCUCAGAGCAGGUGUUCAAGGUGGCCUCCUCUGACCUGGUCAACAUGGGCAUCAGUGUGGUCAGCUACACACUCAAAGACGUGCACGAUGACCAGGAAUACCUGCACUCUCUUGGUAAAGCUCGUACAGCGCAGGUGCAGAAAGAUGCACGCAUUGGCGAGGCCCUUAACAAACGGGAUGCUGUCAUGAGGGAAGCCAAUGCCAUGCAGGAGAAAGUCUCUGCCCAGUACGUGAAUGAGAUCCAGAUGGCCAAAGCUCAGAGGGACUACGAGCUGAAGAAGGCUGCCUACGAUGUCGAGGUCAACACCAAGAAGGCGGAGUCUGAGAUGGCCUACCAGCUGCAGGUGGCCAAGACCAAGCAGCGCAUCGAGGAGGAAAAGAUGCAGGUGCAGGUGGUGGAGCGUACGCAGCAGAUCAUGCUGCAGGAGCAGGAGAUCCUGCGCCGCGAGAUGGAGCUGGAGGCCAGAGUGAGGAAGCCUGCCGAGGCCGAACGCUACCGGCUGGAGAAGCUGGCCGAGGCACAGCGUCUGCAGCUCAUCAUGGAGGCUGAAGCUGAGGCUGAGUCCAUCAGGGUGAGGGGUGAGGCCGAGGCCUUCGCCGUGGAGGCCAAGGGCCGCGCCGAGGCCGAGCAGAUGGCCAAGAAGGCCGAGGCCUUCCAGGAGUACAAGGAGGGAGCCAUGGUGGACAUGCUGCUGGAGAAACUGCCAAUGAUGGCCGAGGAGAUCAGCAAGCCCCUGGCAAUGGCUCAGAAGGUUACCAUGGUGUCCAGCGGAGGCUCAGAAGUUGGUGCAGCCAAGCUGACCGGCGAGGUCCUGGACAUCAUGACCAAGCUGCCUGAGACCAUUGAGAAACUCACUGGAAUCAGCAUCUCCCAGGUGGCUCGAACUGGUUGAAAAGGCCGAUCCCACCUGGCCUGGCCUGUUUGCUGCCUCUGCAUGUAUUGAAGUCACAACCUUCUCUCUUUCGGUCUGUCUGUCUGUCUGUCUAUCUCUUUUUCCCUAUCUUGUCUCCUGUCUUUCUUGUCUCACUCUUUCAUUUCUUAUCUUUGCACUUUGAUAUGGUAUUCCGGUAAUUUGCUUCUGGGGAGAUUUCAUUAGCGUUGUUGCUUUUAGUCAACCAAUUAUGGUGCGCCUUCAGUACAUUUUAGUGAUGUACCUGAAACUUGGAACAGAUCAUUUUAGAGUUCUCAUGGCAUCAUUGAGCAUUUUCAGUGCAAUUUUUUACAUGUGCAUUCAGCCAUAAGUUUUAAGCGUGUGCAUGUGUUGUGAUGGUAGGUCAUUUUUGUCAUUAUGAUACAUUGAUAAAAUAAGUUGGACAUAGAACGGUAAAUGCAUGAAAAUGAUACUAAGUAUAAUAUAAUGGCCCUCUGUACAUACAGAGUGAAGAAGUAUAAUAGAAAAAUUGGACAGCAGAAAGUUUUAGAGUUUAAUUGGAGUUAAUUGGAGAUUGAAGUCUCAUGCACUAUACAACAGCUGAUGUAGACAAUAUAAAGUUUGCCAUUAAUGUUUACUCCUAAGAGCCUGCAGUGUAAAGAGUGGUUCUAUUUGCGGUGAUUACUUCACUCUUCAUUUACUAGCCUGUGUACAAGCAUGGAUGAUAGAUUAUCUCCCUAGAAACAGUUGCCCGGCAAAGUCAUUUGAUCUCUUUGUUUUGUGGUGGUGUCAAAUGUGUCUCUGUGUCCCUGUGUUAACUCCUGAGAUGCUGGCACUGUAAAGGAAUUGGUACCUUAUGAUCUCAUUCUUGUUCUUGCGGUGCAUUAUAUGUCUGGGAGCAACUGUUGGGGAACUAAUCAGAAAUGAGGGAUUGUGUGGUGGUUGUUUUAAAAUUCAGACAGUCUUGUUUUGUACCAACAUUUGUAACAAGUUGUUCCCAGAUAUUUACUCACACUGAGUUUGAUGAAGUCACGUUUGGCUCCAUAAUGCUAUGUUGAACCCAGAAUAUUGUUACUUUCAUUUCAGAGUUACUGACUAUAUAAGGUUUCAGGGCAUAUACCUUCAGCACCCCUGACCGACUUUUCCCACCACAUGCCAGCAGCCUCCAGGAAGUGUAGCCCUCUUGUUCAUCUCCCCCUUCCUCCUCAAUGACCGUGUACAGUCAUUACUUACUUACCCCCAACUGCCUUUAUGUCCACUGCCUUGCUGCCAAACCAGAAGUGCAUCUUAUAAGACAGUGUCAUGCAAACUUGCCGUCCUAUCUUCCAUGUGGUACUACUCUACUUCUGAACUGUCUUAAGGGAGAACAAUUGCAUAUGGAUGCUCUUUAGAUUUACUGUCGGUUGACCAAAUCCAAAGUUUUGGUUGUAUGCUUUUGCACUGCGAUUGGUCAUUAUUUCCAAUCGUUUGUCAGGGAUUCCAGACACUUAUGAAGUGAUAUUUUCAACCAUUCUGCUAUUGUUGGGUCAUUGUAGAUGACGUAUUACCGUACUUGCAAUUGGCCAGUCGUUUUUUGUUUUUUUGUAUGGUCAUGAUUAUAGUUCAUGCACUCCAUUUCUAUCAUUCAGCAAGUCAGUCAUGCCAUAAAUGUAGCAGUCAUUUUUUUAUUUAUUUAUUUUUCUGACAUAAUUUAAGUGUUAAUGUUCACCAGAAUAACAGUCACAGGCUAAUGUUAAGUGACCCAUCACAUGGUUUAUCACAUGGUUUGACUGCCAAAAAAAAAAGAAAAACAUUUCAUACAUGUUUGCAUGUUCGUUUGAAAGGAGUACAAGAUGAAUAAUAUACAAUAGAGAGAAAAUGUUUCUCUUUCAAACAGUUGAAUGUUUAGGAAGCAAAGCAACUGCAACGUGCAAGCAUUUAUUUAUUUAUAUUUUUUAUUUACGUGUGUAUUGCGUGUCAUUAUUGUCACAACUUUGAUUUAAUCAUGUCAUCAGCUCUGAAGUUUGGUGUUUGGUGAGAUAAGAAAGUGUCAACAUUCAUCCUGUGUAAUGAACUAACUGGCUUCACUCAUUAGCUGUGUCUGAGCCACACUCUUAUAACCAAAUGUUUGCGAUACCAUCUGCUCUCGGAAACCAGUGCUGUGUGGUCAAAAACGUUUCCAUGACUAAUUGCAUGCCUGAUGGGCCUAAUUGAAUGGCUCAUGAGUGAUGCCAGAUUCUGACAGGCACUUUUUUCAGACACACAUACACACACACACACAAGCUUUGGCUGAUAGUAUGAAUAGCUUUGGUGCAUGAAUCACGAGUGCAGCUAUCUAAACAUUCACCCUUUUAUCCUUUUCUAUGUUAGUAGUUUUGCAUUUUAUGUUGAUGAUCUUAAACUCCUUCUGGGGAGUAGAAUCACUGAAGUCAUGAUCGAAGCUGUAUAUCUAAUAGAAUCACAAUGUUUUAUUUGUUGUCUGUGAUAAUGUAUGAAGGGAUGCCAACACUGUUGACCUCAUCGCUCCAAAUGACACACAAAACAGCUUCAUUUCUGUCUUUAAAGUACCUCAAAUCAUACAAUCUUCUGAUUCAGAAUUUAGUGUGAGUGACUAUUGUUUUAUGUUUAUCACAAUGAUCAUAAAUCAUCCAAAUUUUACAGAUAAUGACAUUAUACCGAUCUUAACAUAUUAGCCAUUGUUUACAGUUACUUAUAAUGGUACUGAACUACCAAAUAAGAGAUAAAUCUGUUGGUAUAUCCAGGGAGUGAAGGUCUUAGACCCAAUUAUUGGUCAUGUUAUAGUGGGGAAAAUCUUCUCUCUUGACCGUGUCUAUUGUAUUACUUAGCUAUCUAUCUGUUACAGAGAUUGUGGAAGUAGGAAUUCAGCUUACCAGGUAAUUCUGUAUGUUCCCAGUCUAUUGUUAGUGCACCAAGAUAUUGAUGAAUAUUUUGCAGAAAAUGUAUUCUCUUUGCAUAAACCGAUUACUGAACUACUGCAGCCCUGCGUCUGGUUGUAUCAUUUCCCAUUCUGUAUAAUUGUCUGGUUGAAAAUGUUUGGAGGAUACAGGGCUUGGUAUUUCAUUCGUGCUAAUCAUAAGUACAGAUCAGAAAUACAGGGAUAUGGAUAUUUCUAUUUAAGUCUAAAUACUGUCUUAAGGACCCUGUAUUAAAGUACACUCAUUUUCACCAA